GCCUCUGUGCAGCAAGUGUGCGAGUGGAAAGUGAACCACAGCUGCCUCUCUUCUGGUGUGCAAGAGCCCAGAUUCACACUUGCACUCCAGCAGCACGCUAUGAACAGAGGUUUUGGUCGAGGCAAAGGCUCUUAUCAAACACCCCCAAAACCUAACUGCUUCAGUCCUAAUCCAGCCUUUUUUAACAACCCUCUUGUCCCACAGGAAAGUAACCUCAACAGCUUCAGAAACCUGCAGGUACAGUUCCUAUGGGGGCAAGUCCCUGAAGCUCCCCUGUGCCCAUCUAGGGAACAAAGGACACCAGUUGAGCAACGCUUCAGAGGUCCGCAAGCUGCUGUACCAAGUCCUAGAGGGAGUGGGCACACCAGCUGGGGCACAGCUGGGAGAUUUAGACCCCCGUAUCACAGUCAGCAAGCGCGCAGCUUACCACUUUACCCCCCAGCUCAGUACAACAGAAAGUCCGAAAGGGAGUUGGACCAUUUCACCCUGAGUUUCCAGAGACUGUCUGUUGCUGGGCCAGAGAGGGAGGAAGAAAUUUUAACCCUUUUAGGGCAGCUCAGGCAGGGGGAGUCGUGUACUGUUCGAGACCUUGUCCGUAAACUUCAGACCCAAAAGAAAGAAGUCAAUCGUUGUCUGUACAAACUUCUCCGGGAAGGCAAAUUGCAUAAAACAGGAGACACUCCCCCCUUGUGGCGGAUUGCGGACAAAGCUGGCUCUGUAGGGACCCGGUGGGAAGGAAGUGCUACCACCGACGGGAACCGCUGCCCGGACACAGCCUCUGAGAGUCAGGAGGAAAGUUCCCCGGUUGACUCGGAAGACGGUAUUGACUCUGCCAUCAUGGCUGAACUCAAGGAGAAAAUCUCUAACUAUUUAUUCACUGUCAAAGACUCUACAGCAGCCAACCUUGCAAAAAACGUAGGUCUCUCGAAGGCCAGGGAUGUUAAUCCCACUCUCGGUGCCUUGGAAAAACUGGGAGAGGUCCACAAGGAGAACUCAAACCCCCCCAAAUGGUCCCUCACGGACAAGAAACGGGAGCGGAUGCAGAUCAAGAUAAAAGCCAACGAAGUAAUGGAAAUGGCCCCUCCAGAGCCAGAGCCUCCAGCCGCCUGUGUGAAGCUGGAACUGCAGGAGUCUGUGUUGCCUUUGCCAGAAAUAAAGAUGGAGGAAGAGGAAAACGUGAAGAAUGGACAGCAGCCCUUGGAGCAGACAGACCAGCCUGACCCCAGUGGCCCCGACCCAGGCCUGCUCGCUAGGAAGUCUAGAUACCGCUUCCUGAACUAUGACAGCUCUGAAAACAGAAACUGGGCCACGGACGACAUUCCCGAUGACUUGAAUGCCAUCAGUCAGCCUGUGGACGAGCUGCGAUGCAUCAUGGAGUCCCCCUCCUCGCCCAGCUACGCUGCCCAGUUUGACACGGCUUUCCAGUGUACGCCCUUGGAGAAGCUGAUGGCUUGUCAGGAAAAGAACCCUGUCAGCGGCCUCAUCGAGUACAGCCAGUACACGUACCAGCGCUGCGAGUUUGCCCUCCUGGAGCAGAGCGGACCCUCGCAUGAACCAAGAUUUAAGUUCCAGGCGGUGAUCGACGGGCGCCGGUUCCCACCAGCCGAGGCAGGCAGCAAAAAACUGGCCAAGCAGGAAGCGGCUGCCAACGCCAUGAAAAUCCUGCUGCACGAAGCUGAGACGGAAGGGGAGGAUGGCAUUGAAGGGGAGGAGCUGUGUCUUCCCGACAGCUCAGAAGCAGACUUGCCUGGACUCCCAGAACCAGAGCCGCCGUCUGCAGCGGCCCAGCUAAACUUGUCUUCGGGGAAGAAUCCUAUCAGCAUCUUAAUGGAAUAUGGACAGAAAUCAGGGAGCACGUGUGAAUUCCAGCUGCUGUCUCAGGCGGGACCCCCCCACGACCCUAAGUUCAAAUACUGUGUGAAGGUGGGGGAGAAGACUUUCCCCGCGGUGGUAGCCAACAGCAAGAAGGGAGCGAAGCAGAUGGCCGCUGAGGUUGCAGUGAAGAUCCUCCGUGGGGAAGCUGGGGGGCAGUCCUUCCCAGAACAGCCCUCCAUGGAGGUCCCGAGCGAGCCGUUCCUGGAGCCAGAAGAGUCAAAGGAAGAAAAAGCGAAGGGUAUCGGGGAGCUGAUCAAAUACCUCAAUGCCAAUCCCGUCAGUGGCCUGCUGGAAUAUGCCCGGUCCAAUGGGUUUGCAGCAGAGUUCAAAAUGAUCAACCAGACGGGACCCCCUCACGACCCAAAGUUUGUCUACCAGGCCAAGGUCGGAGGGCGUUGGUUCCCGGCCGUGACGGCCCACAGCAAAAAGCAGGGCAAGCAGGAAGCAGCCGAUGCAGCGCUCAGAGUCCUGAUUGGGGAAACGGAGAAGGCCGUGCGCACCGAAGGCGUGAGCAUCACUGAGCUCCCUGUGAGCGGCAGCACCCUGCACGAUCAGAUAGCGAUGCUGAGCCACCAGCGCUUCAACGCCCUCACGGCCCGCAUCCAGCACAGCCUGCUGGGGCGCAAGAUCCUGGCUGCCAUCAUCAUGCGGCGAGGAGAAGAGGGCCUGGGCGCUGUGGUCAGCAUUGGCACAGGCAAUCGCUGCGUGAAGGGAGAGGAGCUGAGCCUGAAGGGAGAGACAGUGAACGACUGCCACGCAGAAAUCAUUUCCCGGCGAGGCUUCGUGAGGUUCCUCUACAGCGAGCUGAUGAAGUACGAUCCCGCCGAUCCCUCCUCCACAGAACAGAGCAUAUUUGAGCCGGCAGGAGACAACAGUCUCAAAAUCAAAGACAACGUCACCUUUCACCUCUACGUCAGCACGGCGCCCUGCGGAGAUGGGGCCCUCUUUGACAAAUCGUGCAGCGACCAGGCGAGCACGGCGGGGGAGAGCCAGCACCAGCCUCUCUUUGAGAACCCCAAGCAGGGCAAACUGCGCACCAAGGUGGAGAACGGCGAAGGCACCAUUCCUGUGGAGUCCAGCGACAUCGUGCCGACGUGGGACGGGAUCCAGCACGGGGAGAGGCUCCGAACCAUGUCCUGCAGCGACAAAAUCCUGCGCUGGAACGUGCUUGGCCUGCAGGGGGCGCUGCUGUCCCAUUUCAUUCAGCCACUACUCCGGUUGCUAACGCUGGCGUGUCUCUUCCCAGGUUAUCUGUUCAGCCAGGGUCACUUGACACGUGCCAUCUGCUGCCGCAUGUCGCGGGACGGGAGCAUGUUCGAAGGCAGUCUCCCGGCUCCGUAUCGCAUUAAACACCCCGAGGUGGGGAGAGUCAGCGUGUACGACUCGGCCAGGCAGACGGGCAAGACCAAGGAGUCCAGCGUGAACUGGUGCCUUGCCGACGAAGCCGAGGUGGAAGUCCUGGAUGGCACAAAAGGCAAAGUAGACGGACCAAAGCUAGAGGUGUCCCGCGUGGCCAAGAGGAGCAUGUUCGCCCUGUUCCAGCACCUCUGUGCCAAGACUGGGCGCACAGACAUGCAGCGCCUGGCGCUCUACUCGGAGGCCAAGGCGGCAGCCACGGCCUACCAGGGAGCCAAGCAACACUUCUUCCGGGCACUGGAGGAGAUGAGCUACGGGAGCUGGAUCUGCAAACCCCAGGAGGAGGAGAACUUCUCUCUCUUCGAUGUCUAACCAGCUUCCCUCCCCGUGUGCGUGCGUGUUCCUUUUGUUUUCUCUUUGUUUUGUAAGCGGAGCCAGGAAUGCAGAAUGGGGCUGUGGAUUUCCCUGGGCCUCUCCUCCUGUUGGGGGACUGUGCGGGGAGGGACCCCUGCGUCCAUGUGACAUUCUUUGUACGGGAGCGCGCACUCGGCACAGGGCUGGCGGGCGCGUGUGCGAGAGAACCCGCAAUGUCCAUGCAAGCGACACCCCAGGAGAGCUCCCCCCUCCCUGGUCCCUCGGUCACAGCAGUCGGAGGAACUCCGCUUUUCACGUGGGGUCCUCCCUAAAUAGGUCACGUGCGCUUCCCUGCCCACUUCCCUGAUUGCAGCUCCCUGGGCUGCCCUGCUGGGUGCCACGCAGCCGUCUGCAAUGGCUUGGCGUCGGUGAUGGCCUCUUGCGCUGCUAUUGAAUUCUGGGACGUGCCCCUAGGAGCUAGUGGGGCCUUGCGGGGCUCCGGGCGAGUGGCAGGCCUCGUCUGACAUGCCCUGCUGCUGGGGAGGGUUGCCGAGAUGGGCCGUUGUAAAUCCUGCCAGCUGGGGUGAGUGGCACCUGAGGGGUGCCCCAGGCGUGGCGCGGGAGGGUCGCACCGCUUUCAGAUGCGGCGCGUUUC